AUGAUCCACACUGGCCAAGAAUGUGGCGUUUAUCCUAUUUUCUGUUAUUUCAAAUUGGACCUCAAGGAUGUAGAGCCUGAGGCCAAGGCUCACAGCCAUAAACCUACUUCUCUAAGGUGGAGGACAAUGCUGUAUAUUGCUAGCAUCCCGGGUUUUCUGGUUGCAAUUGGUAUGCAGUUUGCUGUUGAUAGUCCACGGUGGCUUUGCAAGGCUGGGAGAAUAAAAGAUGCUAAAACAGUAAUAGGUGAGCUUUGGGGGGCAUCUGAAGUUGAUAAUGCAAUUGAGGAAUUUCAGUCAGUCAGCAAGAAUGAUGGUAGUGAUUUGGACAGCAGAUGGUCAGAGAUCUUGGAGGAGCCACAUUCUAGAGGUUGUGUCAAGUUGCUUUUAUUGGAGGUACCCUUUUUGUACUUCAGCAGUUCGCAGGCAUUAAUGGAGUUCUUUAUUUUUCAUCAUUGA